CAUACACUUCUGCAAUGACGUCAUCGACCACUCCAGGGUCUGAGUAAACGGAAGACGACGGCGUCAUUUCACCAUCGAGGCAUUUAAACAGAAAUCUCCACAGACGGAACAAAGCAGAACCCCCAAGAAAUGAUGUAGAAGGCGUAGCAUCCCGCAGCGAUGCUUUGAAGGGAGCUUCCUCAGGUGGUGACACCAGGAUUAUGAGCCAUGGAGUCAGGGGCAGCAGACACCCCAGUAACCCUGGUCAUCAAGACCCCCGACCAGAAGUAUGAGGACCGGACCAUCAACUGCUUCCUGAGCUGGACGGUAGAGAAGCUCAAGCGUCAUAUCGCCAACGUGUACCCCGGCAAGCCUCGGUCCAGAGAUCAGCGAUUGGUGUACCUGGGAAAUCUCCUGGAGGACCACCUCCGUCUCCGAGAUGUGCUGCGACAGCAUGACGAGUACCACGUGUUGCAUCUGGUGUGCAACUUUUGCACCUUGCCGGGCUCACCCGCACCCUGUAGUGCCUCCACGGUCAACGCCAGCAUUUCCAAAACUGCAAUCUCGACACUUCCUGACAUUCCCGCUGUCCCGGGAGGUCCAGAUGGGCUCAGGCAUCGAGGUGGCAUCCUCAACUUGAACCCUCGGAGACCUGCUGGCAUACCUCAAUGGCCUCAUGGAGGAGCUCAGAUGCCUUUGCAAAGUGGCCAGAUGUUGACGCCCAUGCAGAUGUUGUGGUGGCAGCAGAUGUAUGCGCGGUACUACUACAUGCAGUAUCAAGCUGUGGUGGCGGCCUCCGGGCCUCCCACCUUUCCAGCUGCCACCUCGCAGCCGCCGCCUCCCCGGCCCAACGAAACCGCGCGGCCCCCGCUGGAGCCCGUCCAGGCCGCCGACCCUCUGCCGGAGAACUUGGUGCCGCCUCCCGCGGCCGACGCCAACAUCCAGAUGAACGCGCAGGCCGGGGGGGGCGUGCUUAACGUGGACGAGCCGAACCGUGAUUGGCUGGACUGGCUGUACGCGCUGUUCCGAGUCUGCGUCCUGCUCAGCUUCGUCUACUUCUACUCCACCUUCGGCCGCUUCGUGGUGGUGGUGGGAGCCAUGAUGCUGGUCUACUUGCACCAGGUGGGCUGGUUUCCCUUCAGGACGCUGGAGCAGCAACAGCGGCCGCCGAACUUUCAGGAUCCUGAGCAAGCCCAAGCUUGGGAGGAAGCAGAGAUGCAACGGGGCGUACGGGAAUUGGAGCAGGUGAUGGACGACGGCACGGAGGAAGCCGAGCGAGAGGACCGCGGCUUGCUCGCCACGGCAUGGUCCUUCGUCAGCACCUUCUUCGCCUCGCUCGUUCCGGAGGGCUGGCCCCAACGACCACCCGAUUUACCCCCUGUGCUCCGUCCUCGUUAGUCCUUAACAAAGCUCAACCAGCCUGUAAACUAGUGAACCCAUGUUCAUUUUUAUUAAGGCUCCUCACUAAAGUCUGGCAAAGAACUUUUUGGAAAUACUAUCAUUAUAAUAGUAACAAUCAGUGAACGGAUGCAUAAAAACACAAAAGGGGAGUGAGCAGUCCUCUAGGGGGGAAAAGGUGAAUGUUUCACAAUGUGCAUCAUGAUGGUGUGGUUUGUCAAUUUAACAAUUUACACGCAAGAAUUUUGUUAGAAUUAAUGGCUAUACUUAUUCUUUUUUGGGGGAAUAAAAAGCUUUCCGUCUGUUCA